AAAAAAACUAAUAUGAAAAUUUACUCACUUAUAUGAAAUAUUCACUAUUUAUGGAUCACGUUCAAGUGGUGCAAAACAAGAUUUAGUUAAGAUCCACUCGUUAAGUCCAUAGGUUGUCUUAUAUUCAGAUAACUGUAUUUUUCGUUAACCGUUUCUCAUUAGUUGACCUCUGGUCUACUGUUUGACUGAGUCACAACUAUAAAACUAUUGAAAUACCUACGCAUACUUCAUUAAUUUACAGUGAAGCAUAUAAAUACAGAAAUUUAGAACUAUACUCUCAACACAAUAAUCUCAAGUCACCCAACACGAUUCUGACAGACACAGAUGAAGGAAACUUAUUCAUCAUCAGUUCCGAAUAAGAAGUUUGUACUGACCAUGAAGGAAGCAUUCAAGAAUGGAAUUACACGUGCAAAUUUUACUCUAAGCUGUGUGAAAACGUAUGUGAUUUUAACGAGUAUAAUGAUUGGGAUGACUUUCGUAAUCACAAUGAUGGUAUAUUACAUACGAAUUAUUCGUGUUCAAAUUGAAAAGACUUACAUGCCAGUCAUCUUUAUGAUACUGGGUAUAAUCCCUAUAUUGUUGGCACUGUUUGUUAAGAAACUUGGAAAGAAGACAAUAGUGAUUUACGGCCUCUUUCUAUUGACUGUGUUCGUUUGGUCUCUUGCAAUACCUGCUUCAUCUAUAUUUGCUGAGAAACGGAGUAUAGUGUCAUGGCUCGUCGCAAUAUUCCUAGGUUUAUCAUUGGUGGAAGGUGGAUACAAAUUCAAGAAGAUUAGUACGAAGGCGAAGCUGAUUAUUAUCACUUCGGCAGCGGUUUUGAUGUUGUUGGGUGUGAUUCUGUUUAUGGUGAUGGUAUUAUCAAAACCUCUUGAAAUACUGAAAUUUGUUUCCGGUGCGUUCUUAAUAUUGAGUGGAAUACUAGAGGAGAUUACGCGUGCAAAUUUCACUCUAAGCUGUGUGAAAACGUAUAUGAUUUUAACGAGUAUAAUGAUUGGGAUGACGUUCGUAAUCACGCUGUUGGUAUAUGACAUAGAAAGUAUUCAGAGUCGCUUUAUAAAAUCUGACAUAGUGUUAAUCUACCUGUUAAUCUUCAUGAUAUCUGGUCUAAUCCCUAUAUUACUGGCACUGUUUGUUAAGAAACUUAGAAAGAACAGGAUACUGACUUAUGGCCUCUUUCUAUUGACUGUGCUCUUUUGGUCUGCUAUAUUACCUCCCACGUUAAACUCAAUUCGAAGAUGGAGUUUCAUGCCAUGGAUUAUUGUGAUAUUUGUGGGUUUACCGUUUUUGCUCGAGGACAUACUGAAAGUGGUAUCCGGUGUGCUCUUAAUUUUGGGUGAAUUACUAAUGUUAUAUUUGGUUGGACAAUUCUUAAAACACUGCGGCUCAAGUCAAUCCAGUGUUAUAUAUCCCGCUUGGUUAGCUCUAGUCACUUGGCUCCAAGUAGCUUCAAUGUAUUUCUCUAUUACCUUUGUAGACACAGUCGACUGGAAAACGAUAAUCCCACAAUCGUAA